CUUAUACAGUACACUAUCAAACUGUACCGUGCAUUAUGUGCAUUGGCAGGUCUGCGGAGAUGUAAAAAUACUUCCUAUCCAGGCACACUCACAGCAAGUUCAAAAUACAUACCUCAGCAUGCACGAGGGCUGUGUUGUAUACAGCUCCCGCCUGUCAUAAGUUUUUCGACUGCCUUCCUUCUACAACGUCUUAUAUUCCUUACCUAACCUCUGCAGACCAAAAUGCCCCAUUCGCAGGUGAAUUUCAUUCAGAAUCUUUUCAAGGAUUUUGAUCUGGGCAAGGUAUUUGCUGUUCGAUCGAGGCACCCCGCAAAGAAUGGAUGCACAGAACGCGGCUCGACAGCUACCCACGAUGAGUGCGAUAACACCAUCCCUGCACACAUCCAUAGCGACUUUCUGUUUGCUUCACCGACUCUCCCUUCAGAUUCAUCAUCAGCGUACCAUGUUUCUGCGACCAGCGAACCACGUUUCGAAGUCUCCACCAAUGCAUCUUCUGCCACGUCCUUCGGGGGUGUACCCCCUGCACGCGAAGCCCUCAACAUCGCUCUGCUAGUUUUGCCCUUGGUACAGGGCGUUGCAGCUGCCAUUCCAUUUGCCGGCCCUCCGAUGCAAACUGCCAUUAAUGGAUUAUUGACAAUCCUUCAAGCCAUAGAUAGACGUAUUCAGAAUAAGGCGGACCUAAAUCGCCUGACGGAAAGACUCCACCGACUUAGCUGCCAUCUGUGGAACGCCCCAACUGCUCGGGAUCCCUUUGAACAACGUCGGAGGGAUUCCAUAGUCAGGAUUCUGCAGGAGACCUCUGCCCAGCUCACAAAUUUAUAUAAGCAUGGUCUUGCAUACAUAUCUGUCGCACAAGCUAUUGCCGGAUGCUCCAUUGAAAUUGACCGCUAUCUGUUGGAAUGUUUGGUUUGUUUUCUACUCUCUAAAGUUUUCCUGCAUUCACUCACUACUCCGCCUGGUUAGUGGUCUUUCCAAAUGCAACAAAGUCAAAACGACAUGCGGGGAUCGACCACAACGCAGUUAACCGGGGCUGUUGUACGUGGCUGUGUGACGCUGGUUGACGCGACAGGUCACGAACAUCCAAUACUAUCAUUCCGGGUAAUCUGC